GAAGAGGCAUCCUGGAGUCUGAUCCCAUCCACUCUCACAGCAGUCUCGGCCACGUCAUGCUCUUGGGGCUUGCUCUGCAUCAGCCAGGGGCUCUGACUCCAGAGCCUGAGAGCAGGAGCUUGGCUUGCACAGCAUGCAGCAGGUAUAGGUAGAUUUGGGGGAGAAACUGCUCCAAGUGGGGGUGAGCAAGAGUCUUCCACGUUAUCGUAUGGUUUUCGCUUCCUCUGUGUCGUGCAUCCUGCGAGGGACCUCCGGUAUGGCCGCAGGUGAAGGAGGCCCUCAGACUGGCACCAUGACAGAGUGCUUUGACUGCGACAACUGCAAGGAGUCCUUGUAUGGGCGCAAGUACAUCCAGAUGGACAACGGCCCCUACUGCAUCCCCUGCUACGAUGCCCACUUCGCCAACACCUGCGACGAGUGCAAAGAGCUGAUCGGCCACGACUGCAGAGAGCUCUACUAUGAGGAUCGCCAUUACCACGAGCACUGCUUCCGCUGCUUCCGCUGCGAUCGCUCCCUGGCUGAUGAGCCCUUCACCUGCCAAGGAGAGGAGCUGCUGUGCAACGACUGCUACUGCAGCGAGUUCUCCUCCAAAUGCAUUGCCUGCGAGAAGACAGUCAUGCCAGGAUCCCGUAAGCUGGAGUACAACGGACAAACCUGGCACGAGCAUUGCUUCAUAUGCAGCAGCUGCCAGCAGCCCAUUGGGUCACGCUCCUUCAUCCCAGACAAGAAGGAUUAUUACUGUGUGCCCUGUUAUGAGAGCAAGUUUGCUCCUCGCUGCACUCGGUGCAAAAAGACCCUGACCAAGGGAGGAGUGACUUACCGGGAUGAGCCGUGGCACAAGGAGUGUUUCGUCUGCACAGGCUGCAAGACCCCCCUGGCUGGCCAGCAGUUCACCUCCCAGGAUGACAACCCCUACUGCAUCAAGUGCUUUGGGAACCUCUAUGCCAAGAAGUGCAGUGCCUGCACAAAGCCCAUCACAGGCUUUGGUGGUGGUAAAUACGUCUCCUUUGAGGACCGUCACUGGCACCACAAUUGCUUUAACUGUGCCCGCUGCAACACCUCGCUGGUGGGGAAAGGCUUCAUCCCUGACAACGACGAGAUCCUGUGCCGCGACUGCAGCAGCGACCUAUGAGCCUCCGAGGACACCGUGGGGCAGGGGCCUUCUCUAUUCUUCGGGGUCUUUGUGCCAGACCACCCCACCACCACUGCAGGGGCAGGGCACAAGGCACAGGAGAUGGGGGCUGACCCCGAACCGCGGUGUGUUCAGGGGGUUCCUGUGCCCCUCCUGAAGGCUAGAGUACGCUAUGCUAUGGCUCUGUGCAGAGCCAGAGCUCAAUAAAGUUGAAAAAGGAGCUUCAAGAUCC